AGCCAUGCUGUUUUCCUUCUGUCAUGCUGGAAUGGGUGCAGCGCAAUCCUUCCACAGGCUUAUUACAAAUGAACACAGUUCUCCAAUCUAUGCAAGGAUCACGCUUCACCUAUCCCAGUGUGAAUGACGCAACUGCAGCGGAGCCUUUAUCUAUGUCUGAGUGUCGGCUCAGGUCUGCGGGUCAUGGGAAACCUCAUUAAGGUUUUGGGAAAAGAUUUAGAAAAUUGUCCUCAUUUUUUCCUGGAUUUUGAAAAUGCUCAGCCCACUGAGGCAGAAACCGCUGUGUGGAAUCAAGUGAAUUCUGUGCUGGAGGAGGCCCAAGGUGUCCUGGCUGAGCUGCAGUCAUACAGGGGAGCAGGACAAGAGAUAAGACAGGCAAUUCAGAAUCCACUGGAUCUGCACCUACAAGAGGAGGCCUGGCGUGCUGUCUGUCCCUUGGUAGCCAAACUCAAGCGUUUCUACGAAUUCUCCCUUCGACUUGAGAAUGCCUUGCACAGCCUCCUGGAAGCUCUUACAUCCCCCCCAUUUGCCCCUACUCAACAUCUGGAGAGAGAGCAAGCUCUGGCCAAACAGUUUGCUGAGAUUCUGCACUUCACCCUUAGCUUUGAUGAACUUAAGAUGACAAAUCCUGCAAUACAAAAUGACUUCAGUUACUACAGACGAACAGUCAGUCGCAACCGGCUAAACAAUUUCCAGGUGGAUGCAGAGAGUGAUGUCAACAAUGAGAUGGCCAAUCGCAUGUCUUUGUUUUAUGCUGAUGCCACCCCCAUGCUGAAGACUCUGAGCAAUGCAACCACUAAAUUUGUGUCUGAGAACAAGUCUUUGCCCAUUGAAGACACAACUGACUGUUUGAGCACAAUGGCGUGUGUGUGCAGAGUAAUGCUGGAGACUCCAGGGUACCGCAGCCGUUUUACCAGCAACGAAACACUGCUCUUCUGUAUGCGAGUCAUGGUUGGAGUUAUCAUCUUGUAUGAUCAUGUACACCCAGUUGGAGCCUUUGCCAAAACCUCCAAAAUUGAUAUGAAAGGUUGCAUCAAGGUGCUGAAGGAUCAACCAUCCACAAGCACAGAGGGCCUUCUAAAUGCUCUGAGAUAUACAACCCGCCAUCUAAAUGAUGACACCACAUCCAAGCAGAUCAGAGCUUUGCUCCAGUAAUACACUGUGCAUUUUCACUGUAUUUGAGACAGCAAGGGGGGAGAGGGUUUUGUGUGUCUUGUGUUAUACGUUCCUCUUGCCUUUCUGCUCCCGUGUUCAAUAAUCUGCAGGUAGAGGAUAGUAAUCUUUAGAUUUAGUCCUUGCUGCAUCAAUGUUCUUUAUGGUCUCAAACAAAACAAUACACAGCAGCCAGUCCUUGCAGUAGCACUGCACUCCAAAGCCAGUAUGUAUAUCACAGAUUCUUUAUGUAAACAGUGCAUAUUACAUGUAGGACAUCCUACAAUGAAUUAUAAAGGAAAGUCUCUGUUAUCGCUGAAGCUCCUGGUUCUGUUCCCCUGUGUCCUAUAUUUAUCACACAUAGCUUGGUGUUUAUUAUUUUUGUUGUCAGGGGAAAUGUACACUGCACCACAAAUUCAUGUGUGAAUAUUUCUUUUUGUACACAUAUAAGUUGUGAACAUUAAUGCACAGCUAGUCAAAGUGCAUGAACUAAAUGCAUAUGGACCUGUCACCGAUUCCAAGAUAAUCUAUUUGGAAUCCUUCACCCAAAUCUGGCCAGCCGGUGGCUACUUACAGGUGUUUUGUAUUACAAAUGCUUCAUGUUUCUGCUUGAUUUUACAUACAACUUAAUGUACAUACAAUAACUUUUUCUUACUGAUUAUUCUUCAGUUUACUUGUUCUACAACUAAUAGUACCAUGGACAUGUAAAAAACUACUCCAAAGACGACUACACUUUUUUUUUUUUUUUUUGCAGUAAAGCAAUCGUAAAUUGACUUUAAUAGCGCCACAUUAAUUAUGUACCAAUUAUGUACCAUAAAAGAGCAUUGAUGAAUUAGCUGGAAGCAUAUCCAGACCUUUGCAUGUGUCUGUACAAAUCAUCAAAUUGUUAGUGUAAAAAAUGUACGUGUGUACAACGGAGUUUAAUGGAAACCUCAAAUUUAGCCAAGGGUGCAUCAACCUUAAAACAAAACUGUGCAACAACCAAAUUCAUUAAUGUAUAUAUAGUGUUAAAAUAUAGAAAGCACUUUCCAUAUUACUUCUCUGCAAUGUGAAGAUCAUGUACCAUAUAUAAUGUAAAACUGCACAAAGAUCAUCUGCAAUGCUGUGCAAAGUCUUUUUUACAUUCCUGUAUUAGAAAAUCAUGUGCAAUAAUUUACCAGCCUUCCAAGUUUUACAAAUUACCAGAUUUUAUCCCAUGAGAAUACAUAUCUACUGCAAACUCUGGUGCUGUUCAUGGGAGGUAAAUACGUAGAUAUUUUAUUCUACUGACUCAUGCUCAUAAUUUGACAGAUUACAAAGUAAUCCCCUAUUCUUCAGAGUAGCUUCAUUCCUAUUAUACUGUUAUAAAGAAUUUUUUUUUUUAUUAGUUGCAUGUAUCAUCCAAAAUAACAACGUGAACCUCUUCAAAUACCCAGCAUCUCCACUGAGUACCAGAAAAAGAUCUAAAACCGUAAAAAUGGAACUGUGCCAGGGACGUGCCUAUGAGUUGACUGCUUGAGAAAAAGCUAUACCACAGGGAAAAAUUAUGUUGUGAAUUUUGAACAAAUAAUAUUUUGCUAGCCUUUUAUUCAUUUGAUACAUGAGAUGGAGAUGAUUUACACCCAGAAGAUUGGUCAAGAAAUUUGAAGUAGCCUUAGUAACUCAUAUUUACAUUGUAUCUAUGCUCAACCUGAUGAUUCUUUGUCUGUGCUGCUGAUAAAAGGAGCAUAAAGUGUAGUGUGCCUGAGUUAAUGUUUGCAGUGCAACUGAUAUUGUAUACUUCAGACUCAUGCUGAUGUGGACAAACUGGCUAUUAAUACCAAUUUUUACUCUAUGUAUUUCACAAGACACAUUAUCAUAUAAUUGUCUCUGCAGUGAUUCUAAAGAAAAGGUCUUUGUAAAACUUCUCAUGUUUUACACUGUCUCUAAAUAUAUCCUUCAUCACAUUCAAUGUAAAUGAAUUUUAUUACAAAAAAAAUAAAAACCACUAUGAUGAUUGCUGCAUCUCAGAGCAGCUGACAAACUAA